GACAGCAACACACACGGACAAGCGGACGGACGAAUAAACGAAUAAACGAACAUGCCGUCGUUGAAGUUCGCGGUGCUCCGGUCUGGGUGUCUGUGCGCUGUAGUCACGUCGCUGCUGCUCCAGUUGGCGUACCAGCCGGUCGCCGGUGCAGCCGUCGUCCCGUUGGCCGUGGUCAGGGCGGCGUCCCAGUGCUCGGCCGCACCAGACACCGUCGACUGUUUAAUGCAAGCCGCGGCCGCUGGCGUUGACGCGCUGGCCCGGUCCGCGGAACCCGUGGACCUGGUUCCCGGGUGCGUGACGCUGGUCAAGAACGCCGCCGGCGAAUCGGACCCGCCACCACAGCCGUCGCCGUCGCCACCAUCGGCACAAACGACCGCGGGCGUCGACGCCGGUUCGGCGCUCGUCGACUCGUUCACGGCGUUCGUCAAGUCCCGUGCCAUCAGCGUCCGGGCGCCCGCGCACUUGUUGGACUCGCUCAAGAGCACCCUAAUCGAAGCACGUGGUAAGAAGGACAAGUAUGCGGGACCGCUCCUGAUGGGCGCAAUGAUGGUGGCCGGUACUUUGUUACCGAUCAAGCUGGGUGCGCUGGCCAUGAUGAGCGGUAAGGCGCUGAUGACCAGCAUGCUGGCGCUCAUGCUGUCCGCAAUUCUAGCGCUGAAGAAACUAGCGUCGGGUGGCGGCAGCCACAGCGGCACCACGUACGAAGUGAUCAACGUGCCAUCGCAGGGCGGCCACGGGCCGCACGGCCGUUCGCUCAGGGCGCACACUAUGGCAUACGGUCCACCGCCGCCAGCGGAAACCCUUCCGACGCCCACACAAUCGACCGACGGGCUAUAAUAAUCUGUAGGGCCAUUAAGUUAUUUUAUUUUUCAUACCCACAUCGUAUGCCCAAUAUAUUUAUUAUUUAUUGUAAAAUUAUGUGAACGCUAAUUGUACAGCGCAUCAUAUAACUAUAAACUGUAUACAAUAAUAUUUAUUGUCGUA